GCACACUGCUCGAGUUGCUCGAGUGUCUGCUGCGCCGUACCGGUGUCAUGAAGAAGGAGUGUGGAACAUGCGGAGCUGCAGUUUCAUUGGUCGGACAACAUGGGCCAAUCAGAGCUGAGGAUGAAAGGAAGCAUGGGCUGUGGGGACGAGCAGAUCGGAGUCCGAACAGACAGGUCUGCGACAGCGCUGGGCCACAUUUGACUGUGCCGCAAUGCAGCAGUCCUUAGAUCCCUUUUGACUUUACCUUCGGAUCUCACCUGGUAUCAUUUAAACCCAGCCUACAUUAUUGAAUUUCUCGUCUUCGAUAUUCAUCUAUUCGCACUUCAGCCAUUGCCAUACCCGCACCAUGGCUACAUUUUGCACGGCCAACGAAAGCAUCCGCAAUCGCUUGGAGGGUGAGCCAGGAUCCAAGUGGGGCUUCGUUAUCUUUCGGUGCACAUACAAGUCGGACGACAAGUGGAGGCUGUUCAUGGAGUACUUCAAGACGAUGGUGCAGGCGAAGCUGGCGAGGGAAGAGCUGAGCGAUUGCUUCAGCCAUCUCGACUGGUCUGUGCAGGAGGAUCCAGGGUACGAGGGCAUGCAGAUUGAUGAAAUACGAACGAAAUUUCAGCAAUGGAUUGCGUCAGGUGCAGAGAGAGACGAUGGAUCGGCGCGGUUCAUGGCAUGCCUCCGUGUUGACGAGAUAGACGUCGACAGCGUGGUGCAGAUAGACCAGCCCCCUGAGACUGGUGAUCCGCGCGGCUGGAUGUCGCUCGACCUGGUCUCGAUACACGAAGAGGAGGACUUCGUGUCGGUCGGCAUCGGGUACCUGCUGCCCCGGGCGUAUCUGCUGAUCGAAGACCCGGGGUGGUGGGUGGUGUACCGCGAAGACGGGGACGUGUCGCUGCCGUGAGUGUAGUAUAGUAUAGACAAUGAGAGAGGGGUGGGCAGAGUACCAUCAUGUUGAUAAUGAGAAAAGCGGGGCGCCAAGGCCAUGCAGGGCUCCGCGGCAUCCAGC